AUGAACUCACUGACUGGCAAAUGGACUGCUGAUAAGGUCUUUCAAAUUGAUGCAAUACAGGCAAGUAUUCCCAUGGUGGAGAACUGGCUGGCGUCCGAGAUGCCGGCACUUCUUACAGAUCUUGUUAUAUCGAUGGACGACAAGUUCGCCUAUGUGGCCGGAUGGUUACAUGGAUGUGUAUGGCAGCUUGACAUUUCCGACCCGUUCCGAACUACAGUACAGAACGUGGUGGUACUUGGUGGUCUUCUGGGAGGUGGCACAGAUGCGGCAGUCAAAUCUCCGGCAGGGAUUCAAGGGGAUAAAACGCACAGGUUCGCUAUUGUCAAUGCAGAGCGGCGACCGGAGACGACAUUGGUUGGUGGAAAGACUUUCCGCGGUGGACCGGCGUUUCUUCAGUUGAGUCUUGACGGAAAACGACUAUAUGUCAGCAACUCCUUCUACAAACAAUGGGACUCUCAGUUCUAUCCGGAUCUCAUCGCGAAUGGAGGCCAAGUAGUAAGGAUCGAUAUCGAUGAGGAGAUGCAGAUCUCUGAUACGUUCCUGAUUGAUUUGAAGGUGGGGUUACGCAGUGAUAUGGAUUGA